UUUCUUAUCUACUGCCCCCGCCGUCCUCCCAUCCUCCCCCGAUCCAAAUCCGAAAAUUCCCCCCUCCCCGCUGCCCGCGCCCGCACUCUAGCUCUAGAGCUCGGCUCCACCGCCGUGGGCUCUAGCCGCCGUCGCUGCCAUGGCGACCGAAGGGUCUCCCAAGUCCGGUGACAUCCCGCCCUACCCCGAGAUGAUUCUCGCGGCUAUCGAGGCGCUGGGCGACACUAACGGCUCCAAUAAGUCGGCCAUUUCCAGCUACAUCGAGGAGAAGUACGAGGGCCUCCCUUCCGCGCACGCCUCCCUCCUCACGGCCAACCUAGCCAGCAUGAAGGAGGCCGGCAAGCUCGCCUUCGUCAAGAACAACUACCUCAAGGCCGACGCGGUCUCCGCCACCCCGGCCAAGCGCGGCCGCGGCCGCCCGCCCAAGGACCCCAACGCGCCGCCCAAGCCCAAGCCGGAUCCCAACACGCCCAAGCGCGGCCGGGGGCGCCCGCCCAAGGACCCCAUGUCCGUCGCCGUCAAGGAGGCCGUCGCCAAGGCCACCACCGGCAUGCCCAAGGGCCGCGGCCGCCCGCCGGGCCCCUCCGCGGCCAAGAAGGCCAAGGUAACCAAGGAGGCUGAGUCUCCGGCGGCCGCGUCUGGCUCCGCUCCUGCCAAGCGCGGCCGUGGGCGCCCACGCAAGGUGGCGGCUUGAGGCCUGCAUGCUGUUGCCUUUCGGUCCGUGUAUCUCGCCGUGGUUCCGACGGUGGUAAGCUCCUAGGUGUGACGGUGCUUGUUCGAUUCGUGCUUCGUACUAAUUGUUGUCUCGGCUUAGUUGCUCAGUAUGCUGUAACCUGAUCCAGAUGAGUGUGCACAAUGGAUGGAUGUAUGGAUGUUUUUAGCUUCGGUCGUAAUAGUUGACUCUGCUGCUGAGAGUGAAGAUGUUCAUUUUUU